GUUGUUGCGAUCCGCAGCGGAAAAAGGAAGGAAAAACUCUGCAAAAGGCAUCUCGAUCAUGACUAUUAUUGAAUAAUUCGUGACAUAACAACGCCAUUAUCGGCGACAACCCCCACUCUGGCUCAUCCGUGUGCCGUCCAUCGUACGACGCUCAGAUACCGAAAGAGCUACAUCGCUACACACUACCUUCCGCGACAGCCCGCAUACUCUAUUAAUAUUGGCACCCUGCCGGCCCGGAGUCAACCGCGCACUUUUCCUUGCACCAUCAUCUGAUCUCCCUGCGUCGGUCUCUCUGUGCGCCCGCCCACCAUGGUCAACGUUUUCGCGGUGCAGGUGUUCUUCAUUGUCUUUCGAGAAUGCCUCGAGGCGGUUAUUAUUGUUUCUGUGCUGCUGUCGUUCCUCAAGCAAUGUCUCGGCCAGCCUGGCCAGGACCCGAAAAUACAUAAACAACUAAGACGUCAGGUCUGGCUCGGCUCCGGCGCUGGCAUUAUCCUCUGCUUAAUCAUCGGCGGUAUAUUCAUCGGUGUCUUUUAUGGACUUGGCCAUGACCUGUGGUCCAAAUCUGAAGAUCUUUGGGAGGGUAUCUUCUACCUGAUUGCUGCAAUUAUCGUCACCAUUAUGGGUCUGGCCUUGUUACGCAUUAACAAGACCCAAGCCAAAUGGCAGGUUAAGAUUGCAAAGGCUCUUGCUGAGCACACCGAAAAGAAAAAGUUUAUUCUCGGCGACUGGGCACGUCGGUACUCGAUGUUCCUUUUGCCCUUCAUCACCUGUCUGAGAGAAGGGCUCGAAGGAGUCGUCUUCGUCGGCGGUGUUUCUCUAGGUUAUCCAGCAACUGCCUUUCCCAUCCCCGUGGUUACGGGAAUCUUGGCAGGGUUGCUGGUCGGAUGGUUGAUCUACCGUGGGGGAAAUGUCAUGUCAAUCCAACUCUUCCUGAUCGCAUCUACUUGUGUACUCUACCUCAUUGCCGCGGGCAUGUUCUCAAAAUCUGUGUGGAAAUUGCAAUUCCACACAUUCCAAACCAAGGUCGGGUCUGAUGUCGCCGAGGCCGGUUCCGGGCCCGGCUCAUACAACAUUUUCAACAGCGUAUGGCACGUUAAUUGCUGUAAUCCAGAGAUUGAUAAUGGAUGGGAUGUUUUCAAUGCCAUCUUGGGUUGGCAAAAUAGCGCCACAUACGGCUCGGUGAUCAGCUAUAAUUUGUACUGGCUCUUCAUCAUGGUCACCAUCUCGUGCAUGCUUUACCAGGAGCGGACUGGUUUUCUUCCACUGCAAAAGCCUCUCUUGCACUUUCUAACUAGUGUUCCGGGCUUUAGAGGAUAUGCGAAGAGAAAGUUGGAAGGAUCGGACGAUGACAGCGCCGCCGUUCAUCAACUGGAUAGUAAUGCGUUUGCUGACAUGGCGACGGUGCAAGUGCAGCCGGCCAAGUGAAGACAUUUUCUCAUCUGCUAGAUUUGGGAUAUAUUACCUUAUUACCAUCCACUGGUAAAGUCCUCGAUAUUAAGUAGAUUGCAAGGAUACUCUUUAUCGCCUCCUGAGAAAAAAAUUAAUCAUUUCAAUUUCAAA